CAUUUCAUUUGCAUUUUGCAUUUGAAUAAUGUUUUGGUCAGUAUGAAGAAAAUUUGAAAUGAAAAGUUAUUAAGUUUUCAAAAGAGAUGGAUCCAAACAAAACUAAAAGCGCGACGGAGGGUAUUGCACCAAUGGGCAUUACAACACUAAAUGAGACAGUGCUAAGCAAUCAACCAGAGUCCAGAUACGAGUGCCCGGUGUGUCUCAACUGGUUGCGAGACCCUGUCAUAACCACAUGUGGACAUAAGUUCUGCAAGAGCUGCAUUACCUCCUGGUUGCAGAACAGUGGUCAUUGUCCGAUAGACAAUAUAAACCUCAGCAUGAAGGUGGAUAUUUUCCCUGACAACUACACUAAAAGGGAGAUUCAGGAGCAGAGAAUGUCCUGCCCAUUUGCAGCUAAAGGUUGUGCAGUCAAAGUCACCCCACUAGACUUAGACGCCCACAUAACCACGUGCGAGUUUAAUCAACCAGACGUAUCCACGCAAGCUGAAGUGCGAGUGCCGUGUUCAUUCCACGCCGUCGGUUGUAAGGAAACUUUUGACAGCCAGGAGGACAUGAAUACUCAUUUGCACAAAGACAUACAGAGUCACAUGAGUUAUCUAAUGAAUGCGUACUCAAAGAUCCAAAUAGACAAUGACAUAUCGAACGCAAGUAUCGACGCGAAAGAACAGGAGGCCAUGAGCCUGUGGGAAGCUCCAGACAAAAAUGGUGCCCAAGCCACCCCAGCGCCGCUCAAUAACACAAGCGCUCUUAUUAGAGCGCUCUACGAAAGAGUAGUCGUACUAGAACAAAGAAACCGCGAACAGGACAUAGUGAUAGCAAACAUGUCUAAACAGCUAUCAGCUCUCGCCGUGGCUAAGAUGAAACAGAACAGCGAUAUGCUACUACGAUACUGCAUGGGCAACUAUAUAUGGAAGAUCGACAACUUCAAAGCUCGCUGCGACGCGAUGUUGAAAGACCACUUCAAGAUGUUGUACAGCCCUGGGUUUUAUACGUCGCCGAAUGGUUACAGGUUCUGCGUCCGUUUAAACAUAUCUCCUCAAAACCCACUCUUCUUCGCUCUACACGUCCACCUCAUGAAGACUGAAUACGACGAUUGCCUGGAAUGGCCCUUCAACGGCCGCAUAUCCUUCGCUAUGAUCAACCAGUACGAACCAGAAAUGACUCAACGAGACACCAUGAUGUCCAACUCCAACCUCAUAGCGUUCAGGAAGCCCACUUCGGAAAUAUGCGUCCGCGGUUUCGGUUACACGGAGUACGCGGUCGUCAGUGACGUAGUUAGGAACGGGUUUGUCAAAGACGAUGUUCUCGUGAUUAGAGUCAAUAUUAGAUGUGUAUGACAUGAGGAGUAACUUUUUAGUUCUUUUUAACCCCCAAUGCAAGUAGAGGGUUGUUCUUUUUUUAUAAAAAGAAUAUUAGCCAUGAUAAAUUUAGCAGACAGGUAUGGUUUGGAUAACAAUGGUACUGAUUCUGAACUAAAGGGAGUAUUCACAUCUUUUUUAUACCAAUAGAGUAAGAAAAGGUCAGACAAACCUAAUUUAAUUUAGAACUGUCAAACCUCGUAACUUUAAGAGCCAGUUGUGCGCCUAUUUUUUUAAUUUUUAGAGUAAUUUUUAAAUUUAAUAGUAAAGUGUGUU